GGGCUGGUGGCAGCGGCGGAUGGACUCGCGGGUAUCGGAGCUGUUCGGCGGCUGCUGCCGGCCCGGAGGGGGCCCGGCCGUGGGCGGAACCCUUAAGGCUAGGGGGGCCGGCGGCAGCAGCGGCUGCGGGGGCCCAAAGGGGAAAAAGAAGAACGGAAGGAACAGAGGGGGCAAAGCCAACAAUCCUCCGUACUUGCCCCCCGAGGCUGAAGAUGGAAACAUCGAAUAUAAACUGAAGCUGGUGAAUCCAUCCCAGUACCGCUUUGAGCACCUGGUGACACAGAUGAAGUGGCGGCUCCAGGAGGGCCGCGGUGAGGCUGUCUACCAGAUUGGGGUAGAGGACAAUGGGCUGCUGGUGGGGCUGGCUGAGGAGGAGAUGCGGGCAUCCCUCAAGACCCUGCACCGGAUGGCAGAGAAGGUCGGGGCAGAUAUCACUGUUCUCCGGGAGCGGGAAGUGGAUUAUGACAGCGACAUGCCCCGGAAGAUUACCGAAGUGCUGGUACGGAAGGUCCCUGACAACCAACAGUUCCUAGACCUCCGUGUGGCCGUCCUGGGCAAUGUGGACUCAGGGAAGUCGACUCUGCUUGGAGUCCUGACCCAGGGAGAGCUGGACAAUGGGCGGGGCCGGGCUCGGCUCAACCUUUUCCGCCACCUGCAUGAGAUUCAGUCUGGCCGAACCUCCAGCAUCAGCUUCGAGAUCCUGGGCUUUAACAGCAAGGGAGAGGUGGUGAAUUACAGUGACUCACGGACGGCAGAAGAGAUCUGUGAAAGCAGCUCCAAGAUGAUCACGUUCAUCGACCUGGCAGGCCACCACAAGUACCUACACACUACCAUCUUCGGCCUCACCUCCUACUGCCCCGACUGCGCCCUGCUGCUCGUCAGUGCUAACACUGGGAUUGCUGGCACCACAAGGGAGCAUCUGGGGCUGGCCUUGGCCCUGAAAGUGCCCUUCUUCAUCGUGGUCAGCAAGGUGGACCUGUGUGCCAAGACCACAGUGGAGAGGACAGUACGCCAACUAGAGCGGGUCCUCAAGCAGCCUGGCUGCCACAAAGUCCCCAUGCUGGUCACCUCCGAGGAUGACGCUGUCACUGCGGCUCAGCAGUUCGCCCAGUCACCCAACGUCACUCCUAUCUUCACGCUGUCUAGCGUGUCUGGAGAGAGUCUGGACCUGCUUAAAGUCUUUCUGAAUAUCUUGCCACCACUCACCAACAGCAAAGAGCAGGAGGAACUCAUGCAGCAGCUGACGGAAUUUCAGGUGGACGAAAUCUACACAGUACCGGAGGUGGGGACAGUUGUUGGAGGGACACUUUCCAGUGGGAUUUGCCGUGAGGGGGACCAGCUGGUGGUGGGCCCCACGGAUGAUGGCUGCUUCCUGGAGCUGAGAGUAUGCAGCAUCCAGCGCAACCGCUCCGCCUGUCGUGUGCUGCGAGCUGGUCAGGCUGCUACGUUGGCCCUCGGGGAUUUUGACCGUGCACUUCUUCGCAAGGGCAUGGUGAUGGUGAGCCCCGAGAUGAAUCCCACCAUCUGCUCAGUGUUCGAGGCAGAGAUAGUCCUACUGUUCCAUGCCACCACGUUCCGGCGAGGCUUCCAGGUGACAGUACACGUGGGCAAUGUACGUCAGACAGCAGUGGUGGAAAAGAUCCAUGCCAAGGACAAGCUGCGGACAGGGGAGAAGGCAGUGGUACGUUUCCGCUUCCUGAAACACCCAGAGUACCUGAAGGUGGGCGCCAAGCUGCUGUUCCGGGAGGGUGUCACCAAGGGCAUCGGCCAUGUCACCGAUGUACAAGCCAUUGCAGCAGGAGAGGCCCAGGCCAACAUGGGCUUCUGAACUCCUCCAGGCAGGCACAGCUCCAUUGCUGUCCCUACAAUACAUGAGGUGACUUCUGGCCAUGCUGCCCACUGUUGGCGGCUCUGUGUGUUAAUAGGCAAGGGAGAGACCGGUGCUCUCUGCCCCAUGCUCCCUGCCACCUUUCUGGAGAGGUGCCAAGCUCGGUGUGGCCAGGGAGGGGCAGUCCUGAGGGAGAAGACAGGAGAAUUCAGGGCAGUGCUCAGCAGCUGUGUGCCCACCUGGUUGGCUCAUCAACCCUGGCAACCCCAUGGCCUGUCUGCUGGAGGGAGCUGACCACCGCCACCUUGGCCCCACUGUCGAGACUGAGCAUGAUUCGCCGGUGUGGUCCCUGCACUUCAGGAAUUGUCACAACAACUGGGGGUGGUCCUCGAAAGCACUCCUUUUUCUAUACCUCUUCUCAAGGCCAUGUAAGUUGCCCAUCUCUACUUGACUGUGGACAAAAGACAUUUGCUCCUGGCCAUCUGGUGGCCCAGGGUCUGAAGAAAUGGCACAGGGACAGAGCUCCCACCUUGUGCUGAGACAUGAGGUCUGUUCCUCAGCUUUGUCUCCUUUCCCUUCUUCACUCAAGGGCCAUUUCCCAUUUCUCUGCUCAUAGGCCCCACAGGUGCUAUUUGUCGUGCUGGCCCAGGCGUGGGGCUGCCAAGCUCAGGUUUGGCAUACCGAAGGUCAGCUGCAUGUCAAUCAGUCUUGUCCCCUCCUCUGCAGUGAUUUGUUGGUUUUAAUGCUGGAUCAAACAGUGUUUUACUUUCCCAGACGAGUGACUGGGGACCUGACCCACAGCUCCUCAUCCUGCCACCCUUUCCCUCCCCUUCCUGCUCCCAUGUAAGUCCUCCCUCUGUUGCAGGGAACCUGGAGGAAAGGGAAAGAUGUUGCCAUAUUUCCUACUCUUUUAGGGCAUGGACUCCCUCCUUUCCCUUUGUUAAUGUCCUGGGUUCCCCGGACUCAGGGAUUUGUUGGUUCAGGUUUCUCUGCAUAUAUGUGUGUGUGUGUGUGUGUAUAUAUAUAUAUAUACACACACACACACAUAUACACACACA